UUAAUGAGCUUGAGGCCUCCAGUCCGAUGUCCGAUCAGUUGACGAUCGACGGUCACCUGGUCAAGAUGUCCUCCAAUGCGUUGGCCUGCAUCUGCAAUGUCAUAAAUCCCUGCCGUAACGAGGUGUCCACCACCUUUGUGGUGGUGCAGUGGCUCAUCACCGGAUUCGCGGCCCUAGCCCAGGUGGUGCGACCCGUGCUCUUGCUUUUUGGCAUACGUGGCGAGGUGGCUCUGAAUCAGGAGGAUUACAACAAGACCUGGAUUUAUAUGCCCAAUGGGGAGGGAAAGCCGGAAGUGGCCUACUUGGUGGAGCCUCCUCCAGAGAAUCGUAUUAAUUUGCCGCAACUUAUCAAGUUUGAACUUUAUGGAAGUGAGUCCAGUUCCAGUGCCGACUUCUGGAUAGACGACAAUAAUUUCGAGUUCCCGCAACGCCACAAACGCGACACCUGGCAGGAAAUGGCCGAGAAGUUUAAUCCCGAUCUGGACACUAAAAUCCUUGUUCAUGGCUGGAAGUCCAGCACCAUGAGUAAUUCCAUUCAAUCGAUUCGAGGAGCCUACAUAGAACGGGGUCAGGUGAAUGUAUUCGCCAUCAAUUGGAAGGAUCAGGCGGAUAAUAUUUAUUACCUGACCCCAGCACGAUAUACUGUCCAAGUGGGCAGGGCAGUGGCCAAGCUGAUAGAUCUUCUGGUUGAGGAAAAGGAUGCAGAUCCACAGAGAAUACAUCUAAUAGGUCAUAGUUUAGGUGCCCAUAUAAUGGGUUAUGCUGGCUCUUAUACAAAAUACAGAGUUAAUCGCAUAACUGGCUUGGAUCCGGCACGUCCCGCUUUCGAAGAUUGCAUUGGGCCCGAGAACCAUUUGGACGAUACGGAUGCCAACUUUGUGGAUGUCAUUCAUAGUUGUGCCGGAUAUUUGGGUUUCCGCAAACCGAUUGGAAUGGUUGAUUUCUAUCCAAAUGGAGGUGGACCACCACAACCAGGAUGCAAAGAGUUAUCUCAGAUUUUUACUGGCUGCAGUCAUGGACGAUCCUAUGAAUAUUAUGCGGAAUCUAUCAACUCGCCAAAAGGAUUUUACGGUGUUCCCUGUACAGGACUUGAUGAACUCAAGGGUAAAAACUGUACUGGCGGAAAGAUCCUUAUGGGUGAUCCUGUUCCUCGGGAUGCUAGGGGUAUUUUCUUUGUUAAAACGGCCAACAAACCAACCUAUGCCCUGGGAAUCGAUGAAAUUCUGAGUAACUGAACUAUUAUCUCGUUU